UUUUUAUAACUUUUUUUUCGUUUUUAGUGAUUGUCAAUUCGUUUCGACAUCUAUACGAUCUAUGCGAAAAACAUUAGCUGGAGUUCAAAACUAAAAGAAGGAACCAAUGAUUGUUUCUACUUUUUGCGCAAGUGCAGUAAGUGCAGUCAAUGCGAACAAACCUAAUGCCGACCGACGUGGGUAAACGAGCAUCAAGCAGCUCGACGUGUAAAUUAAUUUCGACGAAAUCUAAGAAAUUGGAUUCAUGGUUGCGAAUUCAAUCUGUCGAUUAUGCUGCGUUAACAUGUGACAUACAAGGAAAAGAUAAUGGCUGAAAGUCUGCGGUUUGCAGCAAUAAUGAUUCUAUUUUAAACACAGCAUCAACUAUUUAAGAUCAGCUGUCAUAAGCAGACGAUAGACAGCAUCUACUUACUUAUCUUCGGAUUGUAAGGUCAUGGAAUUGACUGAAACCAAUGUACAAAUAAGAGAUUGUUCCAUUAAUUUACUUCCUGUAUACAUCAAACAAGAACAUGACGAACACGAAACAGAUUUCAAUGAUGCUGAAAUAAUUAGUGCAGCUCAAAAUUUUUGUGCCAUCGAAAUCAAGGAAAGCAAAGAAUGUACUACAAUUAAUAGCAGCAAAGAAUCAGAUGUAAACAACAAAGAUUGUACACAACAUACAAACAAUUUGAACAGUUUACACCCUACGUUAAACGAUACUCAUCAAAAUGAAAAUUGUAACAUUAAUGGCAUUUUAAAUGGAUCAGUAUAUUUGCAAAACUUAGACUAUGAAAAUAUAAAUAUAGAAAUACAAAAGUCUACAAAUCAAAUAGCUGAAGUUUUUAUUGAACCACAUGAACAACUACAGACAACUAAUUAUAGUGUUUCAACAGUUACCAUACCAAGUGAACUUCUAGGACUGAAUCUUAACAUAAAAAAAGAAAAUGAAGUAGAUCAAGAAACAGUUUAUGCUACGGAAUGGCUCUGCAGUGUGAAUGCUGAAAAUGAUCUUCAGUUAAAGGUUUCUAAAAAUAUCAAAGAAAAAGUUGACGUUUCUAAUAACAUUGAUGCUACAAUAACGCUGUUAACAAAACAGAAGGAUCAAAUACCAGAAAAUAACAAUAGCUUAGAAACCAAAGAAAGCAGAUCUGAAAGAUCUAUAAAACAGAUAAAGAUAAGGUCAAAUUCGUUAGAAGAUUACAAAGAAAAACUAAGACGGAAAGCAGAGUGUAUGAGAGAAAAGAGAAAAAAAUUAUAUGAACAGGAAAGUGAAGAACAACGUCAGCAGAGACUAGCAAAGGAAGCAGCAAAAAGACGAGAAAUGAGAAUGUAUUAUGAAACUCCAGAACAAAGAAGAAAAAGACUAGAUGUAGAAGCAGCAAGGAAAAGAGAAUACAGAAUGUAUAACGAAACACCUGAAGACAGAAGAAAAAGAUUAGAUCGUGAAGCAGAAAGAAGAAGGAUGAAAAGGCUUUCCUUAUAUGCUAACGAAACACCAGAACAAAGAAAAGAUAGAUUAAAUAGAGAAUCUACGAAACGAAGAGAAGCUCGACAUAAUCAAUAUGCUAAAGAAACAGAAGAAGAAAGGAAAGAGAGAUUAAAAAGAGAUGCUUUGAGAGUUAGAGAAAUGAGAUUUACUAGAUCUGCUAUUGAAACAGAAGAGGAACGUAAACAAAGAUUAGUAAAAGAUGCUCUACGUAAAAGGGAGGUAAGAAUGCAUGGACGACAUUCAGUGAAUAAUAAUUUCACUGAGCUUCAAACGGUUCGCAAUUUUGAAGAAUUAAACAAUGUGCAGAUAAAAGAGAAUUCUGAUAAUCAAUUUGGAGGUCAUUAUUUAAAUAACUGGAUGAUGUGGUUUCAAAAUUCAUUAGCUCAACCAGUUCAUAUUGGAGACCAAAUCAAGUCUCAAUUAGAAAGUAAUGAAUAAAUAGUGUUACCUGAAUUUUUAACACUACACAUGAAAUGUUUUAAUAUACAUGCAUCAAACAAAUUAUACCUAAACUAUGUAUAAUUUGUAUGUACAUGCUUUUUCGCAACACUGUGCUUAAAUUCUUGAAAAUAUGUUUAAUGGUUACUGCAAUAACAGUGUACUAUUUGCAGUAGUUUAGUGAUUAUUAGUAAUAGUUCUUUAUA